GGUCACAUACACGCGUGAGUGCCGGCGUUGUUUGUCGUUGGUUGUUGGUCUCUAGCCAUGGAGAGGAACGUCAUGUUGUUUGUGGUGCUGUUGGGAUGCAUUGCUGUUUUAAAUCCAGUUAAUGGUGACGUGGAAGCGACAGUUACAGAAUUAUUCAAAAGAAUAAAAUUGAUGCAGGUACAAAGAACGGUUCCAUCAAUACCGCCAGUGUUCUGGGGGAAAUUUCGUGGAAUCUAUGAAAGUGAUGUCAGGCAGUACUUUCAUGGAAACCCCGACAUGAGCGCUCUUCGUUACGAGUUCGAAGUAUUUGACAAUAAUAUGUUUGCAACUGCUUGGAUUACAUCAUGUCUUUUGGAAGCUUAUCGUUACGGAAAAGCACCGAAACCCUCCGAAGAGCAAAUAAAUAUGUCAAUACAGAUUUUAAUGGACAAUCACAACGAAAAGAACAGCAACUAUACGAACUCAAUUAUGGCAUUUUGGCCUCAGGAGUACGACGAAGCCUAUCAAAGUUGGGUCAGCACUCCUAUUAACCUUCUGUCCAUGUUUAACGCCACUGAUCUCAUCAACUGGAAUGCUGUUUAUGCUGAGAUGGAAAAACUAGGCCUAAAGGACGUCGUCGAUAUUAUGAAAAGACUGCUGGCCACCAAAUCAGGUUAUGAACAUGUGUUCCAUAUACCUCCAGACUUUGACGACACAUCCGUAAAUCUAGGUCUGGGGUCGCUGUUGAAAGAAGGCAUCGUUGAUUUCCCACAAUCCAAUGCGCUUUGGCAGUCCCGGAACUCGAACUUGUCCUCUGUAUUCAGCGCGAUCAAACACUACGCCUACCGACCUCUAUCCGGGAAUAAACGCGUGGAUACCAUCGACACUCGUACAUAUGUCUACAUGCGUAGAUUCCUCGAACUGGCAAAGUCAAAGAAUGAAGAUGUUGCGUUAGUUACAACAUGGGUACAGGACCUUGAUGAUAUUAAGACACAGUACUACAAGGGAGUAGUUACCCCUGGCAACGUCAAUAACGUUGACAUCACGGUGGCGGCCAAUGCCUUAUUUGGAAUCACCAACAGCAUACUGACCGGUCUCGUUACGGCAGAGGUCUUGGAAGAUCCAGAUAUGCAGCAAAUCUACCUGAACACGUCAACAAUGAUAGCCUACCAGAUAAACACCAAUUUCUCCAGCCGGCCGGACCUAGCACUGACCUACUACCCGUCAGCUAUAGAGUUCUACUGGUUCGUGGCCAGGACCUACACUCAACUACUGAGGCGUUAUACCUAUAAUGGCCUUCCUCACUACACUAUGAAAACGGCCAUGGAUAUUUUAGGUAGCGCCCUGAAGAAUAACGCUACAACCAUAAUGUUGAAGGAAGCCGUGCCGAUGGGAACCGAUAUGGUUUAUUAUGAUGAUUUUCUUGGGGACGGGGAUACUGACGCUGAAGGGAAACCCGUGAAAUACGGCGAGGAUCGUUUGUUUACCACCGCUAUGGCCGCUAAUGCCCUUAUCACAAUAUGGACGUCAUUCGAGGAGAAAUCCGGAACGCUGAUCUGGAAUCAAACUACACCAAAACAAGUCAAGGACGUUGUAACACGUGCUGUGAAGUUUUUGGAUACCUACAUAUUAUCUGGGGAUUACAAACCAUGGAAUGCUUUCUUUUCUGGUUCCUUCAAAGGUUCAGGGACAUCUUGGUCCGAAUAUCCAGCGAAUCGACAUGAGUUUUUCAACGGGACCAAAGUUCCUUCGGGACACCAUUAUUACGGGACUGUGAUCCGGGGGAUGCAAGGAGUUCCGAAUGAAACCUGGUACAAGGAAGAGGAGGCGGCAAUUAGAUCUCCCAUUGACUUCCCGGGUUUUAAUAAUCAGAAAAACUAUUUCCCAUUCUGGUCAUCUGAGCCAUACACAUACGCUGUUACGAUGUUAGCCCUGUCUACUUUCAAUAAUAUUGUUUGAUUAUAAUCGCAAAUAUAGGUAUUUUCUCUGUAUUGAAUUAAAAUAUUUUGUAAAUAUAUGAACAACGAAAAACAUAAAUAAAUCAAUAUAAAACUCUCUA